UGGGGAGGAGGAGGAGGAAGAGGAAGAGGAGGAGGUGGCCGGUGGUGUCAGCGGAGAGAGACAGGGUGCUGAGUCCGUUUGACCAGCGGAGCGAGUGAGUCCACGGAGCGGGGUGACAGCAGCCUCCGCCUCGGCCUCUGGGUGACACGGCUCCGCGGCGGGACACGGAGAUGAGAAGAGGGGAUUUAGUUUGUCGCUUCCGAGAAGAAGAAGAAGAAGAAGAAGAAGAGAGAAGAAGAAGAGGAGGAGAAAGGUGAAGAGAAGCAGAAGAAGAAGCAGAGAGGAAGUCUCUCCAAACGAUUCUGACAUGAAGAAGGACAUAGACACACUGAUCGCAGAGGAACGUGCUGAUAUCAUCUCUAAAUAUGACAAGGGAAGGCAGGAGGGUGUCAGGAUUGACCCAUGGGAGGAUGCUGACUACAGCAUCUUUAAGGUCACAGACCGCUUCGGCUUCCUGCAUGAGAAGGAACUGCCAACACCCAGUGCGCUUGAAGAGAAGCAAAAGCAGCAGGAGAUAGAGCGAGUGGAGAAAUGGCUGAAGAUGGUGAAGAACUGGGACAAGUACAGGAACACUGAGAAGUUGGUGAAGCGCGUGUAUAAAGGCAUCCCUCUGCAGCUGAGAGGCCAGGCAUGGGCCUUGCUCCUGGACAUUGAGAAAGUCAAAAAGGAUAACGAGGGAAAAUACGAAAAAAUGAAGCUGCAGGCUCGUGACUUCUCCACAGAGAUCAAGCAGAUAGACUUGGACGUCAACCGAACGUUUAGGAACCACAUCAUGUUCAUGGACCGCUUCGGAGUCAAGCAGCAGGCGCUCUUUCACGUACUAGCUGCCUACUCCGUCUACAACACGGAGGUGAGCUACUGCCAAGGGAUGAGUCAGAUCGCUGCCAUAUUGCUCAUGUAUCUGAACGAGGAAGAUGCCUUCUGGGCUCUGUCCCAGCUCCUCACCAACAGCAAGCAUGCCAUGCACGGGUUCUUCAUCCCGGGCUUUCCCAAGCUGCACCGCUUCCAGGCCCACCACGAGCUGGUCCUCUCCAAAAUGCUGCCAAAGCUGAAGAAGCACAUGGACAAGGAGCAGAUGACAACAGGGAUCUACACGACCAAAUGGUUCCUACAGUGCUUCAUUGACAGAACCCCCUUCACCCUCACCCUGCGUCUGUGGGACAUCUACGUAUUGGAGGGAGACAAGACGUUGACCGCCAUGGCGUACACAACCCUCAAGUUGCACAAGAAGCGUCUGCAGAAGUUCCAGUUAGAGGACCUGAGGGAGUUUAUCCAGGAGAAGCUGGGUGCUUCCUACUUCCUGCCUGAUGAUGUGGUGGUUGAGCAGUUACAGGCUGCCAUGUCUGAGCUACGCAGUAAAAAGCUGGACCAGUCUUCUCCAGGUGCAGCCAAGCCAGACGAGCUACCAAAGAAACCUCUGGGUGAAGAGAGGCCGGUUCUCCUCCUGCCGCUGCCGCCGGACUCGCCUCCGGAGAUCAAACAAGAUCUGCAGCCCCACAGCCAGCCAGACACCGAGAGCCAGCAGUCAGACAGCAACACACAGCACAAGGCUUCUCCUGCAGAAGACCCGGGUUCAAGAAGCCUCUCAGGCACAAACACACCUUCAUUGCCUUCACCAGACACAGUUGUAGUCCAAACACAAAGAACACCAUCUCCUAUAAGGCCUUGCAGAGCACCUCCUUUACCUCCGAAAACAAACAAGCCUUGUCCUGCGGUCGGGUUGGACAGAGAUGUGAAGGAGACGCUAAAAGAGAGCAGCCAGACCGAAGACGGGGGAGAACCAGAGAGAAAGCCUGGAGACCUGGAGACCAAGGAAGAGCCGGUGGAGUGGCCCCCACCCUAUAUACCUCCUCCUCUGGAUCCUCCUACCAUGCAGGCUGAGGAAGAGAUCAUGGACUUCCCAGAUCUGCCUCCGCCACCUUUAUCUUUCGCUGAGCAGAUUGACGCACGGCGUCUGGAUUGUGACUCUCCCCGUCCAGGGAGUAGGACCAGACCAGAGACCCAGCGCCGCACUCCCUCUCCGCGCCCAGACUCACCACUGGUCACUCAAAAACCACCGGUGGCCCCUGAUGUCACACAGAGAAAACCUCUUCCUCCCCCGAAGCCUUUCCUUCCCUGUUCCCUCACCUCCUCUCCACGACUUCCUCCGCCAAAGCCGACCAAGUUCCCGGUCUCUCUCUACGUCCCGGUGCCUGCGGGCAGCAGACGACCGUCCAACACCUCCCAGUACGACAACCUUUCUGAGGUGGAUGAGGAUGACCGCUCCGUGGAGCGGCUGCUGGGCUCCACUCCGGAGGAGAAUCCCAGCAUGCACAGCAAUCCUCCACACACGAUUAAUAGAGAUUACGACCCUGCUCGCAACCCUUUGCCUCAACCUCCUGUCUUCAUCCCUCCUUCCCCUUCUCCCACUCCUCCCUCGCUGUGCACUCUACCCAGUUUGCCACAGGAGCCUGAAUUUGAAGGACAGGACAGCUGGGUGGAGGACUCCAUCCUCCCCCCUCCUCCACCUAGUUUCGCCGACAGACUCACUCCCCUCCAGUGCAGCGUGGCCUGCUGUUCGGACCCACACAGAGCCCCCUCGCCCAGCUACUCCAAGCCUUUCUCUCGGGGCCCCAGGGACCGUUCUGCCUUCCCAGCACCACUCUUAUACACCAGGUCUCCCCCAGGCAACUCCAGGACCUCGGGACCGUCUGCAGUAGGUGUCCCAUUGGUUCGAUCCAGCCCAGACUUUUGCAGGAUGCCCCCUGGUGGCCAGCCGCUGCCCAAAUCAGUGACAUUUUGAAAGUGUCCCAAGUAUCAUUGAAGCGUCACUGGUCGUACGUGAAUGAUUCAGACUCUGUAAAUGCUUGAUUCCUUUUCAACUCUGUGUAAGAGGUGAUGGCCAGUAUUAUGUGUUUGUGUGUGUGUGUGCAUGUGUGUCUGAAAGGACUGUUUCAUCGAUAUGUACAGAUUUCUGUGAUACUUGCACCUUUUGUAUGGGUAGUUAACUUUUCUAAAGUGUCAAACUAGUAUUUAAAGCUGCUGUGUGCUUUCCUUUUCGCUGGACAGAAACAUCGCAGCAAGCGUAUUAACUCUCGCGUAUGUGUGAAACCACAUUUGGUUUUCAAUGCGAUGGACGUUCUUGAGAAAUUCACACAGAAAUAACACAGUGCAUCUAAUAUCAGCUGCAGGUUUCAUCUUAGGUCAGUUUCAUUGUUUCCCGUCAAAGUGUCUUAACCUGAUCCCAGUGCAGCGAGGGCAGCAACUCUACGCUCACUGGCUCGAGAGGCUGCAGCGUGACCUCACCUCUGCUAAACCACCCAAAGCCUAAACACAGCAUUACUGUGGUUAAACGUGUCAAACUGUUCCGAGACGCUGCUUCUUUGUUACAUCUUCAGGUCAGUGCUGAAUGACACCAAAGCAGUUUGCAUGGAAACUUUCCAAAUGAUGACUAAAGUUGUAGGCAGCAGCAGCAGCAGCAGCAGCAGCGGGGGAGACAUGGUGCAAUAGGUCACUGGUAUAAAUACUGAGGGGGGGGGGGCUUCAGGCAGGUAGCAGUGGGUACUCUGUGGGUAUUUUUCUGCUUUUUUUUUUUAAAGUUAAGAAUAGUUUGGUUGGGAUGUCGUCAGUUUCAUGUUGUCAGUGUUACAUCCGUUUGUCAGAUGCUUGAGUUCUCAGCAAUAAUUCACUGUUACAUGUGUGUGUGCGUGUUGUCGAGGUGGAAUCAGACAGACAGAGAGGAGACCAACAUGCAGACGGGUUUAUGAAGAGCAGCUCCCUCUAGUGGUUGGAAGUGCUCCAGAUGGACUGAUGAUGCCCGUUAAUGAUUGUGCACAGAGCCAACGCCUGUACAUUUACAUCUUCAUAUAAAGUCUGUGGGAGUAAACUAGACUAAAGGAAACCAGAGAGUUUAAUGAAUCAAAGAUACGUUUCUUCCCAUGCAGCCAGAACUCGGAGCCAUUGCAGUAACUAUGUUGUUUUGUUUUAAUUGUGCGGAGCAGAUGUUGAGGAAUGGAAGUUGAGCCAUAACAUUCGAUAUAAGGACCUAACAGUAAUAACAUGUUUGUGUUGUUUAUUCAUACUGUAUAUUACUUUAUUUACAGCCUCAACAUGUCUUUUUGCACUGAACCUUUGUUAUUUCCAGGUUUUGCAGUUCUCUGUAAUUAUUCAGACGUUUUCUAACAGAGUUUCAGGUUCCUCACAAAAGAACAAUAUUCAAUUUAGCCAGAAAUGUUAACUGGUGUUUAAUGGUUUGUUCAUGAACUUUGGCCUGACGGGCGGGAUUCAGACCACGGCUCGGACCACGGCUCCUUUUAUGGUCCUGCUUGACAUCAGGGCUCAGACCAAAGCUUGUGUACAUUUACUCAUCUACGUGUUUUGAGUUUUAUAAAGAGAUAAAACCUGA